UUGAGUUUACAAUUCUGGUAAUUCGUGGUAUGGUUUUUCGAAGUAGGAAAUAUGUUGAGCGUAAUACUUGGCUUUAUUUUAAUAAAUCCAGAAUUGCAGGUGAUGUGAUUUAACCUGAUGGUUCUGGAAUAACGGAUUUAGCUUUCUGCAUAAAUUUUAAGUUCUAACAGAUAUACAAAAUAUGUCAGUAAAUAAUAUAGAGGUUAUAACUUUAUCAUCAUCUGACGAAGACACCCAGUCCAAGUUGUCUUUGUUAAAGAUCAACAGUAUUUUGUAUUUGCAGAAAGAUACUGCAGAAAAAUGUAUGGAAAAGGAGAAUACAGAUUCACCAUUAAUUGAUUCUGCAACUUCCAAAGUGGAAAGUAGCCCACAGAAAUUUACUGCAAGGAAAUCGUUAACAAAUAUGUUGGCAGAUGAUAUACAAAGUCACAUAUCUGUUUCUCAAAUUGCAACAAAAUUGUUUCCGAAAUUUACUGCAAGAAAAUCCUUAGUUAAUGGAAAUAAUUCGUCAAAGAAAAAGAAAAAUCAUGUAUCUGUUUCUCAACAUAGACAAAAUAAUGCAAGAAAAUCUUUAACUAGUAACUCAUCAAAGCAUGUACAAAAUUGUAAAUCUAUUUCAGAAAGUAGGGAUUUGUGUACAGCAAAGUAUGAUGCAUCUAUCCCUGUAACAUCAACUCCGAAACCAAAUAAACCAGAAAAACCUGCAUCAGGAUCAUUAGUGACUUUUCAAAGUAAAAAAUUGUGUUCUGAAAAUUCUGAAGUUCCUUGCAAAGAUAGUUGUAUGAAGGCAAAACAUAAAAUAAAGCAGACUUUAAAUCCCAUGGUUAGAAAUCACAAUACUGAAGUAAACAGUGUUCAGCAUGCUUCUGCAACAGUUUCCUCUUUGUUAAAUCACCAAAAGUCUGGUGUUAAAAUAUCUGCUGUAAGUCAAAAGAAACUCUGUGCUUCACCUCAGGCUUUAAGGACUGUAGUUGGUGAAGAAGCCAAAGCAUUACCAAAAACAGUGCAUUCUUUGUCAGUUGUGAACAGUGUGCAUUCAAAAAAGAACAGUGAAAGUGAAAUUAAAGAAUCUGCUCAAAAUACUGUAGUUUUAAAUGGUAAACAAACUUCAUUAACUCAUUCAAAAAAACACAUUAUUCCUAAAUCUCUAAAAAAUGAUCUUACAAGCCGUGGAGUAAGCAUUUUCAAUGCAGUUCAGAAAACUCGGAUUGAACUACCAUGCUCAAAUACUUCAAACUUUAAAAGUUCUGAGCCAAAUACUGAAGUUUCUAAAAUAAAAAGCCAUGAAAUGUUACAAGGUAUUAGCAAUCUUGAAAAAGGUGGUCUAAGUAUACAAUUAAUUAAUAAUAGAUCAGCUUCUAGCAGAGAAUCUUCAAACUGUAAUUACAGGGAACAUAUAAACGAUAAAUCUUCUGGCUUAGAUAGUACGAAUAAAGAUGCAAAAGCACCACAUAAAAAUUUUAAAUCAUCUACGUCUGUUUCAGGGACUGGUGUUAAAGCAAACAGUUUAAAUAAUAAUCACAGUAAAAUAUUAACAUUUAAGGAUCCUAAAGAAUGUCAAGCUCUGUUGAAUAAGGUGAAUCAGAAAAAUUGCCAUAAAAAAAAACGAAGCUUUCAUUUUGAAGGCCUGUUAAUUACUCCUGUUUCCAAAGGAAAAAAUAAUUCUAGUAAUGAUAAAAUUCCUGAAUCAUAUGAGAAUCUUUCUUUUCCAUCAAAAAGGAAAUCAGAUUUAGAAAAUACAAAUGUAAAAUCUAAAAAAAGUUCUAUUAAAAUAUUGUCUGUUGAAUCAUUAGCAGAUAAAACAAAUUCUUUGCUGGGAAAUACAGAUUGUAAGGAACCAGAAUUUUUAGUUGAUUCAAGUAAGACUUUGUCACCAGAUGAGAUUAUUAAUGUAAAUAAAUUUGCAGAGAUAUCUGCAGCUAGCAAUAAAAAUACUCAACCUGCAAGUGAUUUACCACAGCUAAAUUCUGAAGAAAAUGAUAAGUCCAAGAUUUUAUCUGACAUGUAUGAUUCUAAAACUUUUUCGUCAUUGGAAACUAGAGCUUUAGCAGAAACUUCUUCAAAGAGUAACUUUACUAUUUCCAGCAAGGAAUCCCUAAAUUGUGUAGCUUUGAAAGAUGCAGAUGCUGAAGAAAUGAAGUCAUUUAUAACUGAAACUAAGGAGAAUGGUACAAAAGAUUUGCAUGUAAAGGAAACAUUGCCAAUUGAUGCUUUAUUAUCUCGUUUUGAGAGUUCUAGCAUUAAAGUUGUUAAUAAAAAUCUAAAUCAUCAAGGAAGUUCCAGCAUCCAAAAGAAUGUUUGCACUGGUGCUCAGAAAGACGAACUAGCAGUAUCUGAAGGCAUACAAGAAGCAAAAGCUGUGAAAGUAGGAACUGUUACUUUAGUUAAAGAGAAUUCUUCUAAAGAUGUUCAUGUAGAAGCUUUGCAUGAAGCUCUAAAUUCUGUUGAUAGAGUUAGAGCAAUAGAUGAAAUUAAGUCAAGUCAUUCUGAGGGGCAAAGAAGUUCUUUUGAGGCUAUUUCAACUAAACUUUCACUAGAACGAAAGAAAAGCUCUAGUGCUUUGGAUAUUGAAGAUGAUACAAAGGAGUGUAUAAAUAACCCAGCUACUUCAACGAAACUUUCACUGAAACGAAAAAGAAGUACUUCAGAUGUUGAAGAUGAUCCUAGGAAGUGUAUAACUAACCCAAAUAAUGUUUUAUGUAAUGGAAAGCUAGUUGCGGAGCAAAAGAAAAAAGAGCCAACUGAGAAUUCAUGUAAAUUUCCUGUAGAUAACAAGGGAAAAUUUGUAAAGCUUUUAGAGUUUUGCAAACCGUAUAUGAAACUAACAGAAGAUGAGGAAAAAAAAAUCCAGAACAACUUGCUCAAACAUUUAAAUUAUGCUCAUCAGAAUUUUGUGAUCAGUAAUGAAUUUAGCGACCUUAUAACCUUAACCAGAGAAAACAUUAUAAAAGACUCCGAUAAGGUAUUUGUGCAUCUUAAUUAUUUGCAACUUGAAUUAAAAGCCCAUAAGCAGAAAAAGAAUAUUAAUAGUGCUGCUGAUCAUAAAUCAACAGCUGAAGCAAUUAAAAUAAAUGCUUCCAAUCAAAAUUCAUCUAGUGUAUCAUUAGAUCAAUAUGGGAAUAAAAUCAGUUCUUCAACUUCAAAUAAUUUUACUGAAGUUGGACAAAACUUGCAAAAGAAUCUAAUAAUUGAGUCUGAGAAACCAGACUGUUCUACAACAAAGGAAAUAUUUAUUGAGCUAAGCACCAGUGAACAAGAUCGUUCCAGAAACUUCAGUGCUGUGUCAGAGAUUAGUAAUUUUCAGGCUGAUACAUCUAAAGAGCAAAAAAACAAUAAAUCUGAUUCAAAAAAUUCUAAACUUGAUGCUGAUGCCCGUCAAGAACUUCAAGUCAAAAGACUGGAGAGGCUACUUCAUCACUUAGAUAAAAAAAUUCGUAAACUUCAGACAAAGGAACUUUCUUUAGAGGAUCUGGAUGAUGAAGAUUCAACAUAUAUUAUGGAAGAUAAGUAUAAGCAGAAAUUUAAUAAAGUUUGGAAUGAGCUUUGUAAAAUAAAACAGCGAUCUCGACGAACUGGAAGAGAAAUGGAAAAAACUUUCAAAUAUGAAGGUUCAAGGUACACAUGUCUAAAUCAUGCGGUUGAAAAGAUGAUCAAUAAACGAAAACCUUCGGAAAAAUUUCCGAAUUAUAUUGAGAUUUAUAAGCUUGUGAAAAAUAUUAAUGAUACUGAGUUUUUAGGUUUAGAUGAACCUUUUGUCACUAAAUUAGCAAAAAAAGUUUUUCAAGAUGUGGUUUUGGAAUUAAAGGCCAGAAGAGAACGAGAUGAUGAACAAGUUUUGGGAUGCUAUCUCACAGAUAAUAUAGAUCUAGCAAAUGAUCCAGCUGAACAUGAUGAGACAUUGAAGGAAAAGUUGAGUUUGAGUAUUGCAGCUGGUGAAAAAAGGAUUGCUGAGAUAAUUGAUAAAUAUGCUGAAAAACAACCUGAGGCUUCAGAAUUGGAAUCUGAUGAUGAACAUUCAGAAAAAGAAACAGAUGUAUCAAAAAAGAUAGAGACUGUUAUUUCUGAUUCGAAUAUUAAAAAGGUAGAUGUUGGUACUGAUCUACAAAAAAUGCCUGCAGAGGUCAGAUUAUCCGAAGGAUUUGAAUAUAAUAAUCAAGAAACAAUGGAGUUAAUCAAGUCAACUGAUUUACCUGAUACUGAUCCCAAUUCUUCUGGCAGUGAUGAAUUUCCCAGUCUCAAAAAGCAGGGAAUAGUUUGCAACGAAAUGGUGUAUAUCAGUUCUGAUGCAUCUACUGAGCCUGACUGUAAUUCUGGAGACUUAAAAUGUUCAUCUGAUUUAAAAAGAGAUAAUAUGCAGAAUUAUAAAAGUGCAUUAAGUGAAAAACUAACACACUCAAAUGAAGCUAUGCAACCAGUUGUUGUUAAGGAUUUAAAAAGUGCAUUAAGUGAAAAGUUAAAACAUACAAAAGAAACUAAGCAACCAGUUGUUAUUAAUGAGGAGAGUGAUAGCAGUUCUGAUUUACCUUCACCAGAACAACUCCUUCAGUCUUCUUAAUAUGUAUAUAUAUUACAUUGUCAUUUUGACUUUUAUCAAAGAGGUACUUCUAUUUUUAUAAUUCAUAAAUCACUUUUAACAUGCACCAAAUGCAAACAUAUGAACUAUUUGAAGUAUAAAUUUCUGUCCUUCAGUCAACAUUAUUUUGUUUUAGGAAAUAAUAACACACAUCGAAUGUCUAAUAGUAAAAUUCUGUUUAUUACAAAUUGUUUGUUUCUGUGAUUGAAGUGUUUUUAAAUAUGUAUAUUGUAUUCCUUAAUAGAUCCAACAUUUAUUUUGUAAAAAGUUUGAAGAAUUUUAUAUUACAUGUUAAAAGAGUUAUAGUAAAAUUAAGAGGAUGUUUUAUAAGUGUAUAGUAAGAUUCAUGGAUUUAUUAUUAUUUUUUAGUGUUUUGUUAGAUUUAAGUUAAAUUUUCAUAAUAUUAUAUAUGAUAGUAUUUCCAAACUGAUUCAGGAAUUAAAAAUAUAACCGUUUGAGGAUGUUGAACUCAAUUCUUUGCAAUUCAAGAAAAUUUUGAAGAAUGAAGUUUUCCCUGCAUCCUUAUUAAUCUUAACAGAUUGUAAUAAAAUAUGUAAUAAUGUGGUAUGUAUGUGUUUAAAAAUUUGGGUUUCACCAUAGGUUGCUUUAAACUAAAGAAAAUGUCAGAUUUCUUUUAUUUGAUAAUAGAAAUUGCUUAUUAUUAUGUCACAUAACAUAUAUUAUUCUAGAAGAAUUAAAAAAAAAGGGGGGGGAGGUGAAAGUAUGAGAUUAAAUGUAUUGAGCAUAUGCAAAGAAAAACAUACAUUUAAAGACCAAAUGUUAUAUAUCUUUUCCUAUUUUCUUUACAACUAUCUUCUUUUAUCAUUUAAAAAAAAAUUACAUAUUAUUUUCUUAUAAUUGCUGUAAAUGUUUUGCCUGUGAGGUAAAUCAAGCUCUUAUAAAUAUUAUAGAUCCAAUAAGUUUAAUUUGAAUGCAUCUAGUUAAUUUUCUUUUUUUAUAAUUUGCAUUGAGGUUGUUUUAUUGUUGAAAAAAAACAUUAAAAGAUGCUCUGUGAGCAAAAGAUGGUAAUCGUUAUCAAGUUUCUUAUUUUUGCCAUCCCUUGGUUCUUUGAAAUAUGUAAUAUUGUUUGUUAAUAUUAGCAAAAAGCUCCAAAUAGGAUGUUAAAUGAAUGUUUUAAUUUUCAAAAAUGGCUUUUGAUAUACCUGUAAAUUGUAUUAUGAUGACUAAAUGUGUAUAUAAAUAUAUAAGAUUUGUAUAUACGCUUUGCAGAAUUAAAAAAAAAUUAUUUGAUGAUGUACAGUUGGAUUGAUUUAAGAAAUAGACUUCUUGUCAAUAUAUUAAAAGUAAUACAUUGAAAGAUUUAUUAAGAAAAAAUAAUUUUCAUGUAGAUGUUUCUGACAUUGCAUCUAAUCAGCUGAAUCUAAAUGACAGUUAGCAAUUCAUAAUUAUGAUUUUUAACCACAUUGUCUAAAUCAGAUGCUUUGUAGUUUUUUCCACAUUUGUUAAGAACUUCAAACUCCAAUUUUUCAGCAAUAUUUAUGAAGCUUUUGAAUACGUAGAUAAUUUUAAAAGUGCCCAAAGUAAUUAAAGUGGUUUAAUUUCAAUUAAGAGAAUUGUGAUAGUGUUCUGUGCUAUGAAUUAGGAAAGGAACUAUUUGCAUAUUCUCACUUUCCUAAUAACAAGGUUUGGUGUAAUUUAGAUAUAUUGUGGCUAUAUAGUACAUGGAAGUACAGGCAUAAAAAUUGUAUGCUUGUGUAAAUUAUAGCAGCACCUUACAAAACUUGCAGUGUUUAUCAACCAAAGCUUAAAGUUGAGAAAAAGGUGAAGAGGCAUUGUGAGGUAAAAAUUGUAUUUCUCAUUGAAGUUUAAAAUAAAUAAUGGUGUUUAUUUAAAGUAGAAGAUUAUUUUUCUGAUUAUUAAUGAGAAAAGAAACACAUUUGUUUUUAUUGCUAAAUUUAUGCAAAAUAUAAAAUGUUAUUGAAAGAAGUCUGUCCCCCACCCCACAGAUUAUCAUUUUUACUCCUUAGAAAAAGCUUUGGAAAUGCUAUGAUACAAAUUAUUAAGAUAGUGUAUUUACUUUUUUUUUUUUUUUCCUGUUUAUGCAUAGUUAAGAAAACCAUUUCUAAAGAAAAGAGCAUUAGUUUAGGUCCUAAGAAUUUGAACAGAAUAUUUUAACAUUUUAUAGUUUGCUUUUAUGCUUUUCAAUGAACAUUUGUUAAAAAAUGCUGUUAUGCAAAGUAAAUAAAAUAAAAGUAAAAAAGUAUUUAUUACAUUAUUUCAAUCCCCUUUUUUUUUCAUGUGAGUAUUUCAUUCUACUUCGGUUGGCUCAAUGAAAUGAUAAUAUCAAGAUUUUCUCUUUAUGAAGAUAUUUUUCAUAUAUGCAGUCAAGUUGUUCAUUGCUUGCUGGUUUCCUUUUAUUUUAAUUGAUUGGUUUAAUUUUUUGUCAUGUAGUCACAUAGAAUACUUGUUUCCUGUUACCUCUUUUCUUUAAAUUAUCUGCAAUUUUACUGUGGUUCCUUCACAUCUGAAAAUUGUUUCCUAAAUUCUUCUUUAGUAUGUAGUCCUAAGGUGGUUCUUAACCUUUAUACAUCUAUUGGCUAUAUAUUGUUAAUUAUGUGUUUGUAAUAUCACAAUAAAAAUAAUUUAAUUAUUUUUAUUUAAUAAAUGAAUACCUGUAUUCAAUAAUAUUUGGCAAACCAUUGCCAGGUGAUUAAGAUUUUGGUAACAACAAUAAAAAAUAAGUCACAAAAUAUUCAUUCCUUAUUUUGUUAUUUAUGAUACGUAAUGGUCAGAUACUUAAAUGCUAAAGAUUAUAUAUCUAUAUGAAUUAGUUGUCUAAUUUACAAUUAUUGUGCAAACAUAUUAAUCUCUAGAAUUGCCAUAUUAAUCUUCAUAAAAGUUUCAGUCUUAGAGAUGGUCCAGUUUAAUAAUUCAGAUCUGUACAACUGAAUAAUCAGUCACAAUAGCAUAUGGAAUGAUUAGCAUGCAAAGUAGUUCAGUGUAACAAAUCCAUAAAAGUUAAUUGAGAAAAAAGCAAAUUACUGAGGAAAAGAAACUUUUUUUAAGGGAAACUAAACAAAUGCUAUGAAAAUAGUCAUUCAUUUUAAUUAAUACUGCAUAUAAAAGGAGGUUACUUGAAAAAUGAAAAAUCAAAGUACUUAACAAAUCAGCAGUGCUUGGUGUGAAGGACCAUCAACUGUUUCUAUAAAUAAGAUAUAAGAGAAGUUAUUAUUUCUGCAGUUAUAUGAGAAAUGCACAAACUUAGAUAGUUCCAGUGACAUCACUCAGAGAAGUCUGGAUAAUUUGCAUAAUUGUGAUGAGUUUUUAUGUUUAGUUUCUACUUGUAAAUAUAUUUAACUGACAUAGUCAUGUGUUGUUUUCAAGACAUUUGUAUUUUUUAAAUGAGCAUUUCUGUAAUAUAUAUGUGCAAAGAAGUAAAAUGUUUGUAAUCAUUUAAAUUUAUAUGUAUAAGAAAUAAAAUAUUUAUAUUAUUCUGACA